UUUCUAUUACUGGCAAAACAGUAGUUUAGCGGGAUUGUGUGUUCAUUGUGGAUAGUUUUCUCUAGCCAUGACAGCCCUUUCUCUUCGUCUUCCUUUGAUUCCUCUAACUAACCUCAGAUUCUCUUCAUACACCACAAAGCCUCUAACCGUUCUGUGUUCAUUUUCCACUUCACCAUCUGUAAUACCUUCUGAGCCUUACACCACCACCGCUGAAGACUUAUCUCCGCCGCCGCCUCAAUCAACAAGUCCUUCCACCAUAUUUCCGGCGAGGAGCAACAAAUGGGAGCCUUUCAUUAAAAAGAAAGUGGUGAUGCGCGUGGGAUACGUGGGUUCUGAUUAUCGAGGUUUGCAAAUGCAAAGAGAUGAACAUGAACUAUCCACCAUUGAAGGUGAACUGGAAAAAGCUAUCUUCAAAGCUGGAGGUAUUCGAGACAGUAAUUUUGGAAACUUAUAUAAAAUUGGUUGGGCGAGAAGUAGUCGAACAGAUAAAGGAGUUCAUUCAUUGUCGACCAUGAUAUCUCUUAAAAUGGAGAUCCCGGAAGAUGCAUGGCAGGAUGACCCAAACGGGAUUUCUCUUGCUAAUUGUGUGAACUCAUACCUCCCAGAGAACAUCAGAGUUUUCAGUAUCCUACCCUCAAAAAAGAGGUUUGAUGCCAGAAGGGAGUGUAAUGCACGCAAGUAUUCUUAUCUACUUCCUGCUGAAAUCAUCGGGAUAAAGAAUGGCUCAACUUCUUCUGAAAUUGAUUACCAUUUAUCCAGUUUUAAUGACAUAUUGAACUCUUUCGAGGGAGAGCAUCCUUUCCACAACUACACAAUACGAUCCAAGUACAGGAAACAUUCUCCUGCCAGAAAAUUGUUACAAUAUGAUUGUCUCUUAAAAAAAGGGAGACCCUCGACUGAGGAAGAAAUAUCUUGGUGUGAGGAAAGCGAUGGAGAAGAAAACUGUAAAGAGAAGGGGGUUGUGACAACUGUUGAGGAUGAAAAUCAAAAUCCAGUAUGCAACUUGUCUACUAGAAAUCAGGCAGGCAACUAUAAUGAGAAACUCAGUCAUUCAAAGGAACUAUAUUCUGCGUUACCAAUCCUAGCAAGAUGGCUCCAUGAAACUGAUGCAAGAGAUAAGCUUAGCUCUGCCCAUUUCCGAAGGAUUUUUCACUGUCAUUGUGGAAAGUUGGAGAAGUUGCUGAGCAUGAAUUACGUUGAAGUUUCUAUCUGUGGAGAAUCAUUCAUGUUACAUCAAAUACGCAAAAUGGUGGGGACUGCAGUUGCAAUAAAACGCAAUCUUCUACCACCUGAUGUUUUGAGAAUGUCAUUAUGCAAAUUUUCAAGGAUUGUCUUACCCCUAGCCCCAUCGGAAGUUUUGGUUUUGAAGGGGAACAAUUUUGCUUUGAGAAACCAACCUGGCAACAUAACAAGACCUGAAAUGCUGACAUUACUGGAAUCCGAAGAUAUUAUCAAGGCAGUAGAUGAGUUCUAUUACUCCACAAUGUUAACUCAGCUGUCUAAAUUUUUGGACCCCGCAAAAUAUCCUUGGAGUGACUGGGUAGAGAUACUGGAUGCAAACACAAGGAUUCCAGAAUCCCAAUUGGAAGAAGUAAGGAUUUCUUGGAAAUUAUGGAAGGAACAGUAUGAAAGCAGAACUAAGGCUCCAUCAGUAUUGACCUAAGUUUGGUGUUUUAUUGAGUCCUUUCCCUAUCCUGGCUUGCUGGAGGUUGGGCCAGUUCAGGCCUGUGCAAAAACAUUAAACAUAUAUCUGCUAGAAGACCUAGAUCAGGUCUCCGUUUUGUGUGUUUUGCACCAUCUUGUAUCACAAUGAGAACUUCCUGCACAACUUCUUCAAUUGCAGUUUUUGAUGGAAUUAAUUGUAUUCUUCUGUUGGUUCGUGCUUCUCAUGUCCAAAGUCCAUUUAGGAAGCUUCGUCUGAUGGUUAAAUAGCUGGGACCUGAGAUGUGUCAACCAGCAUCCUAGAUGAAACCUCGGUUGUAAGAUGGAAAUUCUCAAGUUGGAGGCCACUCUAAGGAAAUCCGGUCUGGUUGUUCCAGGACAACAGAUAUUUCUUCUAAGGAGAAUGAUCCACCUUUUGGGCAUGUAGUAGAAGAAACAUGUCAAGCUGUCAACACACAUUCAAGAUUCCAGCCUAUUAGUUUUCUGUCUGUUGACACUAUAUAAGCAGUUAAUCACCAAUUGAAAUACAGGUGAUGCAAAGGGGAGCAACAUGUGCAUUAAUCUUUUCUUCAGUUAAUCAAUAUUGUAUGUUAGGAUUAAAUCUGACCACCAGACAACUAUUUCUCUGGUGGUAUUAACUGUCAGCUUCUCUCAUUUAUGCAUAUGCAUUCGUUUCAUGUAGGCUGAAUCCCAGGCGGCCUCUUCUCGAUCUACUACUGCUUUUUUCAAUUCUUUUUUGCAUAAAAAUGCUAUUAUCAUCUGCCCUUUAAAUCAGUUCUAUUAUCAUCCGCCUUGUUAAGCCUGGAACAGUGAGCUCUCCGUAUCGUAAUUUGUGUAUCAUGAUAGUCCACCACAUUUAGAAGUGUAAUAAGAAUUUCGUCUUGAUGGUAGUAGAAGAGUAGUACUCUAGCAGAUAAUGUUAUUGCCAUUGAAUGGAGUGCGGUUAAAGGUUGCUCAAGUUCUUUAUCAA